UGUGGUGAGAGGAGACUAGUAUGCUUCAGGGUAGCACAGUAGCUCACUCCUUAGCACUGCUGCCUCAAAACAGUACUACAGUGUCCAUGUGGGUUUCCACUGGGUGCUCUGGUUUCCCAUCUCCAUCCAAAGAUGUGCAGGCUGUGUGAGUUAGCAAAGGUAAAUAUGAGGAUGGGGUGGGGGGCUGGAUUUGGGCAGGAUGCUGUUUGAAGGGUUGAUCAGCUGAACAGCCUCUUUUCAUGGUGUAGGGAUUCUACGAUUAUGAAUGUAACUGCCAGUGGCUGAAUGGUCUGUCUGUGUUGUAAAUACUUGGCGCUGUUACAGUACGGACAAUUGCUAUAGACACGACUGACAGAAGGGCUAUAUAAUUCCAUGAUUAUUACCACGGCUUGAUAUUGCUGAUGCUGCCUGCUCCUGGUUGAUUUGAAAUGCACACCAUCUUCUGCAGCCAUAAGAGUAUAGACACACUGUCAGAGUUAGGACCUCACAGCCAGUGUUGCUCACAAGAGGGUCUGAAAGGAAGGAACCUUUUACAAUAGAGCCAUGAAACCAGUUGCGGCUUAUAAUGUUCAUUUUGUCACUCGUCCAAAUUGUUUGCUUUUAUCUGCCUGGUGCUGUUAUCCAGUUGAGCUAUUUAGUUCAUUCUGGGGAAAAAAAACACCCCUCCGUUUCUCAAUAUAUGAUCCAAUUUCUUCAGCAAUAUCAUUACAGAUUGUCUUCAAUUAAUCAUUGAGUUUAUUCCAGGCACUGGUCACUGAUUUCGGUCUUAACUGCUGUCAUCUUGUCCUAUUCCCACAACUUAAAUCCAGACAACUGGAUCUUGAUAAUAUCACUCAUAAUCUUGUGUCCCUCAAAAAAAACUAUUUUCUAAUCAACAUUGGUGAGCCCAAGCGAACACUGUGAGACAAAAAUAAAAUUGCUGGAAAAGCUCAGGAGGUCUGGCAGCAUCUGUGAAGGAAAAAACAGAGUUAACGUUUUGGCUCCGGUGACCCUCAGAACUGGGUAUUCUGACCUGCUGAACUUUUCCAGCAACUUUGUUUUUGUUCCUGAUUUACAGCAUCUGCAGUUCUUUCAGUUUUUAUUUAGAAGACUCGGAGACCGCUUUGUAGAGCAUCUGCAGUCUGUACUUGACAAACAACAACACCUUCCGGUUGCGAAACAUUUUACCUCCCCCUCACCCAUGACAUAUCCAUCCUGGACCUCCUCCAGUGUCACCCGCAAACUGGAGGAGCAGCACCUCAUAUUCCGCCUUAGGAGCCUGCAGCCCGAUGGUCUCACUGUGGACUUUACCAGUGUCAAAAUCUCCUCACCCCUGGCCUCAUCACAUGACCAACCCUCCCUCUCAUCCCCACCUGACACAACAUGUCCAUCUUCUCACCCACCUAUCUGCUCCUCCUACCUCACUGACCAAUCCCCACCACUGCCUACUUGCACUCACCUAUCACCAUCCCACCUAACUUCCCCAGCCCCACCCCUGCUCUCUAUUUAUUUUCCAGCUCCCUUCCCUCUUCCCUAUUUCUGAGGAAGGGUCUCGACAUGAAUUACAAUUCAGCUACUGAUGACCCACAGCACUUCAUGAAUUCCCAGUCUGAAGUUGGUAUGUUUAAAAUAAUCCAUGUUGCGUGCACAAUGCACUGAAGAGUGAAUAUGGACCUUUAUCACUACAAGGUCUGUAGUGGUCACUUCUGUUGAUACUGUAGAUGAAUCAAUGGUAGGUAAAUUGAUGAGGAUUAGGUCAUGUUGGUUUCUUCACCUGCAGACCCAGCAAUGCCCAUUAGGACUUGACCAGCUAGGUCAGUAGUAGUACAUAGUGCUUUGAAUAAGAGGCUUCAAUGUGCUUGCUGGCCUCAGUGCUUCCUCCAGUUAAUGACGGCAUGCCAAAUACUUCCUUUCAAUUAUCUCUUUAAAUAAUAACAUUUUGCUCAUGGUUUUAGUUUGACCUCCGGUGAUGGACUUUGCAGCUGCCAGUGGCUAAACACAGGAUGGAACAUACCUGUAACUGUUCUGUCUCUUCACCCGUGAUCACAGGAAGUUUUGACGUAGUUAAAGCUAUAAGGGGGUCAGUUGGCUCAACUGGCUGGACAACUGGUUUACUAAGCAGAAAUGACACCAACAGUGUGGAUUCAAUUUCAAUUCUGGCAGAGGUCACCAUGAAGGCUUCUCCUUCUCAAGUCCAAAGAUGUGCAUGCUAGGUGGAUUGGCUAUGCUAAAUUGCCCGUAGUGUUCAGGGAUGUGUAGAUUAGGUGGGUUAUAGCGGGGUGGGUCGGGGUGGGAUGCUUUGAGGUUCGGUGUGGACUGGUUGGGCCGAAGGGCCUGUUUCCACACUGUAGGGAUUCUAUGAUUCUAUGUCAACUUUCCUGCUCCUCUGCUGCCUGGGCUGCUGUGCUCCUCCAGCUGCACACUAUGUUAUCUAUUUUUCUAAUCAAAGUUUCAGUGAUGUUAUUACAAACCUCUGGAACAAGUGGGACUUGAAACCGACUCAAAGGUGGAGAUGGUUCUACUAGGGCACACUGUGUUUGAAUGCAAAGCUAAUCUUCCCGAAGUUGCAGAAAAGAACUACAACUGGGCGCACCCGGAAGCAGCAGGAACCGGUCCUGCGUGCUGGCGUCAUUUCCGGUGCUGCGCGCUGGUGUAUUUUCCGGCAGCGUGGACUGGCGGCACUGAUGGCGGAGGCUGACGGAGACCUGGACUUGGAGAAUGAGGAGAGCGAGCGGCCUGCAGAGAAACCCCGCAAACACGACAGCGGAGCGGCAGACCUCGAGAGGGUGACCGACUAUGCGGAGGAGAAAGAGAUUCUCAGCUCGGACCUGGAGACGGCGAUGUCUGUCAUUGGAGACAGAAGAUCCCGGGAACAGAAAGCUAAACAGGAAAGGGAGAAAGAACUGGCGAAAGUGACCAUCAGGAAGGAGGACGUUGAACUGAUUAUGAAUGAAAUGGAGAUCUCUCGAAGUGCUGCAGAGCGUGGUCUACGAGAACACUUGGGAAAUGUCGUUGAAGCCUUGAUAGCUCUCACUGACUGAAGUCACAGUGCUUCACCUGAGGCACUUUUUUGGAGACGUUUGGGAGGGGCGGGCAGGGGAUUGAGGGUGGGGCAAGAUGGAAUCGAACCGGAGAUCCACCUAUCUGUGCAGUCACUGCCUGCUGUUUGGUAACAGGACUGGGAUGGUUUCAGUGAAAUGAAUGUUUUGCUACUGAAGAUCCAACACUGACAUCCUGAAGAUGGGCACGAUGCUCCAAAUGGAAAGGAAAUAAAAGACUCCACUUGAA